CUCGCACCGAGGGGAUGCUCCCUGAGGAUGCUCCCGGGAAAGGACAGUUCCUGACCACCUUCCCUGGUUUUUGAUGCUGAAUCAGGAUUGUGUUAACUAAAGAUGGAAACACUGGAGUCAGAAUUGACCUGCCCAAUCUGUCUGGAGUUAUUUGAGGACCCCCUCCUGCUGCCCUGUGCCCACAGCCUCUGUUUCAGCUGUGCCCACCGCAUCCUGGUGUCCAGCUGCUCCUCCGGCGAGUCCAUCGAGCCCAUCGCCGCCUUCCAGUGCCCGACGUGCCGCUAUGUCAUCUCCCUCAACCACCGGGGCCUGGAGGGCCUCAAGAGGAAUGUGACCCUGCAGAACAUCAUCGACCGCUUCCAGAAGGCGUCGCUGAGCGGCCCCAACUCCCCGAGCGAGAGCCGCCGCGAGAGGACCUUCCGCGGCAGCCCUACCAUGUCCGUGGCCGGCGAGAGGAUCGCCUGCCAGUUCUGCGAGCAGGACCCGCCCCGCGACGCCGUCAAGACCUGCAUCACCUGCGAGGUGUCCUACUGCGACCGCUGCCUGCGGGCCACCCACCCCAACAAGAAACCCUUCACCAGCCACCGGCUGGUGGAGCCCGUGCCCGACGCGCACCUGCGCGGGCUGACGUGCCUGGAGCACGAGAACGAGAAGGUGAACAUGUACUGUGUGGCUGACGACCAGCUCAUCUGUGCCUUAUGUAAACUGGUGGGCCGCCACCGGGACCACCAAGUGGCGUCGCUCAGCGAUCGCUUCGAGAAGCUGAAGCAAACCCUGGAGACGAAUCUCACCAACCUGGUGAAGCGCAACAGCGAACUGGAAAGCCAGAUGGCCAAGCUGAUCCAGAUCUGCCAGCAGGUGGAGGUGAACACAGCCAUGCACGAGGCCAAGCUGAUGGAGGAGUGUGAUGAGCUGAUGGAGAUCAUCCGCCAGCGCAAGCAGGUCAUCGCCGUCAAGAUCAAGGAGACAAAGGUGAUGAAGCUGCGGAAGCUGGCCCAGCAGGUCGCCAACUGCCGGCAGUGCCUGGAGCGCUCCACGGUCCUCAUCAACCAGGCCGAGCACAUCCUGAAGGAGAACGACCACGCGCGGUUCCUGCAGACUGCCAGGAACGUGGCCGAGAGGGUCGCCAUGGCAACUGCAUCCUCGCAAGUCCUGAUACCAGAUAUCAAUUUUAAUGAUGCCUUUGAAAACUUCGCUUUAGAUUUUUCCAGAGAGAAGAAGCUGCUGGAGGGGCUGGAUUAUCUGACAGCACCAAACCCGCCGUCAGUCCGUGAGGAGCUCUGCACAGCCUCCCACGACACCAUCACCGUGCACUGGAUCUCCGAGGACGAGUUCAGCGUCAGCUCCUACGAGCUGCAGUACACCAUCUUCACCGGCCAGGCCAACUUCAUCAGUCUCUACAACUCCAUGGACAGCUGGAUGAUCGUCCCCAACAUCAAGCAGAACCACUACACGGUGCACGGGCUGCAGAGCGGCACCCGCUACAUCUUCCUGGUGAAGGCCAUCAACCAGGCGGGCAGCAGGAACAGCGAGCCCGCCCGCCUCAAGACCAACAGUCAGCCAUUCAAGCUGGACCCCAAGAUGGCUCACAAGAAGCUGAAGAUCUCCAAUGACGGGCUGCAGAUGGAGAAGGACGAGAGCUCCUUGAAGAAGAGCCACACGCCGGAGAGGUUCAGCGGCACGGGCUGCUACGGCGCCGCCGGCAACGUCUUCAUCGACAGCGGCUGCCACUACUGGGAGGUGGUGGUGGGAUCCUCCACCUGGUACGCCAUCGGCGUGGCUUACAAGUCAGCCCCCAAAAACGAGUGGAUCGGGAAGAACUCCUCUUCUUGGGUCUUCUCCCGCUGCAACAACAACUUUGUGGUGCGGCACAACAACAAGGAGAUGCUGGUGGAGGUGCACCCGCAGAUGAAGCGCCUCGGUGUGCUCCUGGACUACGACAACAACGCGCUCUCCUUCUACGACCCGGCCAACUCCCUCCACCUGCACACCUUCGAAGUCUCCUUCAUCCUGCCCGUGUGUCCCACCUUCACCAUCUGGAACAAAUCCCUGAUGAUCCUGUCGGGGCUGCCCGCCCCGGAUUUCAUCGAUUACCCCGAGCAGCAGGAGUGCAACUGCCGGCCGCAGGAGUCCCCGUACGUGUCAGGAAUGAAAGCGUGUCACUAGGCUGCCAGGCCCGCCGUGCCCCGUGCAGCGCCGGCCGUGCCGGUGUUUGCCGGAGCUGGCAGCCGUGCCGGAACGCCGCUGGCGAGCAGUCGAGCUCCACACCCAGCUCCACCUUAUUUUCAUGGAAAAGUGGAAGAACCUGGAACCACGGCUGGAAAGGAACUGCCGUUGGUGAGCUCCGGAGUGCGCAAGAGCGGCUGGAGCAGCUCCCUGGUGCCGGCUCCCAUCUCUCCCCAAGAAGAUUGUCACCUGGAUGGUUCUGUCUUCCCUUGGGGGCUGGAAGGGCCAGGGCAGCUUUCAGGGUGACCUGAGGUGCCACGGUGGUCAGGGAAUGGCUCGUGCGUCCCACGAGGUGCAGGCUGGGCAGGAGGGAUGGGCUCUGCAGCCCGCUGACAGCUGGUGUGAGGACCCAGAGCAUGAGCAGCACUUUCCAGGCAGGACUUUCCGUGUGGCUGAGGCUCGGUGGCUUCCCUGGUGGGGUGGAUAAGGCUCGGAGCCCUCGGGCUCGGUGAGCCCUGGCAGCGGUUGUGUGGUGGUCCCGUGGAGGGAGGGUGCUGGUGGUCUGUGAGUGAAGGUGGCACUGAGGGUGCUCCCCGUGGCCGUCCGUGCUGCAGGUGGCAUGCUCCUGAUGCAUUUCUGGGGUCCUGCAGUGGAGAGCCACGGACCCCCAGCCCACCAUCUCCUCCUUUGAGAGCUCCCAGUAACUGGGGAGGCCUGCAUCCUUGAGGAGCUUUGGCCCCUGGCACAGAGGUUUGGCAGCUGCUCCUUCCUGAUGGGGUCUGGCCGGCAGUGCCCUGCUCCACACAGGCCUCCAUUAGUGUUCUGUCUGGUGUCCCAGCAGCAAAAACUCAUCUUCCUACUCUGAACCCGCACUAGAGUCCUGCUCAAAGACCACCUCUAUGCUCUAUGACCCAAAAAUCUCAAUUUAUGACCCCAAAUGUUGACUUCUGGUUUGUUCUCCAUCAUGCCAGGGGGUUGAGCUGGAUGCAUUUUAAAGAUCCCCUCCAGCUCACACUAUUCCAUGUUUCUGUGGUGGUGUGAGUGUGGAACCAUCCUGUUUGCUCUGUGGCCGAGGACUGAGUCUGUCCCUGAGGCUCAGGGUUGAAUUCAUCUGGAGCCAGUUCAGAAUUCCUCUGGAGGAAUUCCCAGUGCCCCAGCCAAGGGGGUGUAUGUGGGUGACUGCUGGUGACAGCUUUGCCCAGGAAGAGAGUACAAACGAGCCCGUUCCUCAGCACACCAUCUCUCGUGUGUGGGGCUGAGGUUUUUGGAAAAGGGAGGUGGGCAGCAGCUCAGGAAAAGGAUCUGCUGCCAGCCCUGCCAAGCUGAGAGGGGUUUCCCCUGAUACAGGCUGCUGCCCCGUGGUGCCUGGCAGGGAAGCCCAGGGGAUGCAGCUCUCCUUCAGAGUCCUGCUGAGCACAGGAGCAGCUGCGCUUGCCUCUCCCAGCCCCGGCUGCCGGAGCUCGGGGAGGCUGCAGCGGAGCGUGUCUGCUGUCCCCGCAGCCUGGCACGGCCCCCCUUCACUCUGGGAGGUUAAAGCACCCUUUGGAGAUGGAUGUUUUUGACAGGAAGGUCCCGUGGGGCUGCUCAUGCUGUGCCAUGGGGGACGCCAGGCGCUGAGGUGGAUGUUGGCCCUGGGAGCGCUCGGCAUCCUCGGCUCAGAGACCACGAGCCCUUAACGUGACAUUUGCACCUGAUGAAAUUGCACUAAUUGUGGGACCCCCUGGCCCCCACACGUGUCUGGAAGCUGGCCAGGCGGGGCUGGGGGAGCCCCACACCCCGAGCAGGGGCUGGGGGCCUUUCCCAGGCACCCACACUGUGGUACAGAAAGCAGAGCCCCCCCCAGUUGUCACCGUGAUUGGGGAGCAGCAGCCCCAUCCCUGGGCCCUGCUCAGGACAUGGAGGGGGGGCUCAGGUGCUGGUUCCUCUGCUCCUGGUGACACCAGUGUCCAGGUUCGGGAUGUGUGCACUCCUGGCUCCCCUCAGCCUCCCCUUCCACGUGUAACAUUCCUGCUUCCGUUUUGUCUGGGGGGAGGGCUGUUCUUCCUGGUGGCUUUUUCCCUUGGUUUAGUUUUUUUUUUUUUUUUUGCAACUUCUUUGUUAA